AUUAGCUGAACACUGUGAGUUUAAAGAUGUUUUAAAUGACACAUUAAGAGACAGACUCGUGUGUGGUUUAAGAAAUGAAGCUGCACAGAAGAAAUUACUCACGGAAAGCGACUUGACUCUUGAGAAGGCAAUUAAUAUCAGUGUGACCAUGGAAAUGGCGUCGAAAGAAGCCCAUGCUCUGCAUGCUACAGACAGAGUGCACAAACUUGACAGUGGUAAAGCAAAUGCACAAGGACCAUGUUUCCGCUGUGGCAAGUUAGGACACCUUGCUAGUGACUGCUGGUGCAAGGAAAUGGAUUGCAACAACUGUGGAAAAAAAGGCCAUGUAGCACGGGCAUGCAGGAACAAAAAGAGCAAGGAUAAGGGCUCAAAGACUGGAAAUAAAAAGGGAACUGCAAAAUUCAAAAAGGAAAGACAUGUUCGCACAGUUAAGCUUCAUGAGGACAGAGCAAGUGAUUCCUCGGAUGAAGAAGUGUUGUCUGCAAUAAAUACUGUGCGAAUACUGAAUGUGGAUGAAACCUCAGACGGUUUUUGGGUCAAGCCCAGACUGGAAGGACAUGUUGUGAAAAUGCAGAUUGACACAGGUUCAAAAGCAUCAUUAGUGUCAUAUAAUGUCUACAGGAAGUGUCUGAAGCACCUUCCACUCAAACCCUCCGACACAGUAUUUAAAGGAUAUACUGGACAUCGAGUGCCUAUGAAAGGAAUGACAGAGGUGACUGUUCAAUGCAAUGACCAAACUGCUAAGCUGCCUGUGUAUGUUACGCAGAGGAACUGCCCUGCUAUAAUGGGACGUGUGUGGCUCAAAGCAAUCAGACUCAACUGGCAAGAAGUGAGAAAGCUGUCGCAUGGUUCCUCUCAGCUGCAGGCCAUACUGGGAAAGCACAAAGAGGUUUUUCGUGAGGAACUGGGCAGCAUGAAAAAAAUUACAGUGAAGCUGCAUCUCAAACCUGACAGCAAACCAGUCUUUAUGAAGGCUAGACCUGUGCCGUACGCCAUUCGGCCCAAGGUGGAGUCUAACUUAGACGCAUUGGUUAAGGAUGGUGUUCUGGAGCCGGUUACAACCAGCGAGUGGGCCACGCCUAUCGUUCCAGUUCCUAAAAAGGACGGAGGAAUCCGGAUCUGCGGAGACUUCAAGGUAUCCGUGAAUCCUGUAUUAACUGCAGAGCAGUAUCCCCUCCCUCUGAUUGAUGACUUAUUUGCUGGUCUGAGUGGGGGACAAAAGUUCAGCAAAAUAGAUCUCAACCAGGCUUACCUGCAAAUGCACGUUGAAGAGCAGUCACGUGGAAUGUUGACUAUCAACACACAUAAGGGACUUUUCAGAUACUGCAGGUUGCCUUUUGGCAUCACAUCAGCUCCAGCAUUGUUUCAGCGAGCGAUUGAUCAAAUCCUGAGCGGAUUACCUGGUGUGCAGUGUUACUUGGAUGAUAUCCUGUGUACAGGAGCAGAUGAUGAAGAACAUCUGCGCAACCUGGAUGCGACCCUUCAGAGACUGAAGGAAUACGGAUUGAGAGUCCGUAAGGAGAAAUGUGACUUUUUCCAGUCAUCUGUGGAAUAUCUAGGGCACGUGAUUGAUGCAAAUGGGCUACACACGGCGCCUUCGAAAAUCACAGCAAUUAUGGAUGCACCCCCACCACAAAAUGUCAGCCAGUUAAAGUCUUUCUUAGGACUGUUGAACUACUAUGGACGGUUCAUACCCAACUUGGCAUCACUCCUGAAACCACUGCAUAACCUGCUACGCAAGGAGGAAGCAUGGAAGUGGACAGCAAGCUGUCAAGAGGCCUUUCAAAAGGCAAAGGAUUCACUGACUGCAUCUGAGGUGCUAACCCACUUCAAUCCUAAGUUCCCAAUUCAGCUUGCCUGUGAUGCUUCUCCCUAUGGGGUAGGGGCAGUGAUUUCCCACAUUCUCCCAAACAGCGAAGAAAGGCCAAUUGCAUUCGCAUCAAGGACAUUAAACACGGCAGAGACCAACUAUGCUCAGCUGGAACGAGAGGCUCUGAGCAUUGUAUUUGGUGUUCGGAAAUUUCACCAGUACUUGUAUGGUAGGAAGUUUACACUGUUAACUGACCAUAGACCUCUCACAACCAUCCUGGGACCCUACACGGGAAUUCCAUCUCUUGCUGCUUCUCGUCUCCAGAGGUGGGCGUUGAUUUUGUCAGGACAUUCUUAUGACAUCAAGUAUCGCAAAUCGGAGUCUCAUUGCAAUGCAGAUGGGUUGUCCAGGUUACCUCUCCCUGUUAGAAAACCCGUCUCUGACACUGUUGAGAUCCUCUACUUCAGGGAGGUAGAGACAGCACCGGUUUCGGCUGUGCAGGUGAAAAAGGCGUCCAGAAAUGACCCUGUGUUGUCAGCAGUGAUGGACUGGAUCAUUAAGGGUCUUCCUGCAGGUGAGGAUGUAGACUUGAAGGCCUUCCUGGGAAAGCGGGCGGAGCUUUCUGUUCAGGCGGGUUGUUUGCUCUGGGGGAGGAGAGUCAUUAUUCCCCUGUCACUUCAAACAAAACUGUUGAAGCAACUUCAUGCAGGACACAGUGGAAUAGUGAGAAUGAAAGAAAUAGCGAGAAGCUAUUUUUGGUGGCCAAAUAUGGACAAACAGAUUGAGGAGAUUGCUAAAAACUGUUCAUCGUGUCAUAAGGUCCGGAACAACCCACCACUUGCUCCUCUCCAUCCCUGGGAGUUCCCACAGGAGCCAUGGCAUCGUGUGCACAUUGACUUUGCAGGUCCAUACGAGGACAAAAUGUUUCUUGUAGCUGUUGAUGCACACAGUAAAUGGCCUGAAGUGACCAUCAUGAAAUCAACCACCACUGAGAAGACCAUAGAAGCACUAGGAGAAAUGUUCAGUAGGUUUGGAUCUCCUACACAGAUAGUCUCUGACAAUGGACCUCAACUGGUUUCACAGGAAAUGGAGGCUUUCCUGCAGGCUAAUGGAGUGCAGCACAUUACAUCAGCUCCAUACCAUCCUGCAACGAAUGGUCUUGCAGAAAGGUUCGUUCAGACAAUGAAACAUGCACUGAAAACAUCGCAAGGCCAAGGAACACUGCAUCAGAGACUGCACAAGUUUCUGCUUAACUACCGGAAUAGUCCACAUGCAACCACGAAGACAUCGCCUGCCAACGCAAUGUUCAAGAGAGAUCUGCGCACUACCUUUGAUCUUUUGAAACCCUCAACUGUGAAGGACACUGUGCAAAAACAACAAGAGAAACAAAUUAUGUACAGGGGCCAACAGGUCAAGGACAGAGUCUUCAGCCCCGGUGAGUCAGUGCUGGCCAGGAACUACCGAGGAGAACACAAGUGGGUUCCUGCAACGGUCAUCGCACAAACUGGACCAGUUUCAUAUACAGUACAGGUUGCCGAUGGAGUGUGGAGAAGGCACGUGGAUCAGCUACUACAGACCGCACCGGUGUCUGCAGAAAGGUCUUUUGAAGAUCUUAAAAAUGCACUCAUCGACUCGGCAGUCCAUCCACACAUGCAAGUAGAGAACCCCACCACGUCAGGAAAAGCGGUUCCCACUGUAAAUGAGACUGCAAAAGAGACUGAGACAUCUUCAGUGCCAGAAACAAGGGCUCCACAAGAGAGCACACAGACUGACGUUACCACAGACCGGCGAUACCCCAACAGAGAGCGGCGGCCUCCUGUUCGUCUGAGUUAUUAG